AUGCCCACGCAAUGGCGCACUAUUGCGCCCAUUGUCGGCAGAACUGCCACUCAAUGCCUCGAGCGAUAUCAAAAGCUAUUAGAUGAGGCUGAGAUGAAAGAAAAUGAGGAGCUGGGGCUGGCUGGGCCCGGUGGAGAAGCUGGGCCAUCUGCAGAUGACAUUAGGCGAUUAAGACCAGGAGAAAUUGACCCGGAUCCUGAGACAAAGCCAGCAAGGCCUGAUCCUAUCGAUAUGGACGAGGAUGGUAAAAAGGCAAAAAGAAAGGCUAGGGAACGCCAACUAGAAGAAGCGAGGCGCCUAGCCGUUCUGCAAAAGAAAAGAGAACUUAAGGCUGCUGUGAAGCAGAAAGGGAUGGACUAUAAUGCGGACAUUCCAUUCGAGCACAAACCAGCAUUAGGAUUCUAUGAUACAUCAGAAGAGCAAGCGAAAGCCUCUUCGGCUCCCGUAGGGCAGACCCUUCGUCGAUUGGAGAACAAAAGAAAGCCCGAAGAUGAAGAGGCGGAGAGAAAGAAAAAACAAAAGAGAAACGAGGACGCAAAAAAGUCUGGACACGAGACCAAAUUUUUGCCUGCACGAGAUGCCCAGAUUCAGAAAUUGAAAGAAGCAGAGCAAAUCUCCCGGAGGAGGAAACUGGUCUUGCCACAAGCUCAAGUUGGAGAGAAGGAGCUGGAAGAAAUCGUCAAGAUUGGAUUAGGAGGGAAAGAAGCCAGGGCGAUGGUCGAGGAGGGUGGCGUUGGAGAUAUGACCAGUGGUCUUCUAGGAGAAUAUGAUGGCCUUAAAGAUGCACGCAUGGCACGCACGCCGCGUACUGGUCCGCAGGAAGAUAUGGUUAUGGCGGAAGCGAGAAACCUCCGCACACUCGUCGCUGCACAAACACCUCUUUUGGGUGAAGAAAACACACCUCUUCAUCUGCCCGAGGGUACAGGUUUCCAAGGAGUGACACCACGUGCUCAGACCGCAUUCACGCCAAAUCCUUUGGCCACUCCGCGAGCGAACGGAGGAGAUGCAAAUGCUGCGCAGCCCACUCCAUUCCGACUUCCUGAUGCCUUGGGUAUUAAUACACCCAUGACUGUCGGGCCAUCGUUUGACCAAACGCCAAUGCGAAGUGUCAAGUCCGCAGCUCGAGCAGAAAAGCAAGCCCUCUCAAACGCCUUUGAGUCAUUACCAGCCCCCCAGAAUGAUUUCUCGAUAAUGUUGCCUGAGGAUGCAGAAGAAGAAGACGAGAACGCCAAAGGGGAUUUGAUGGAAGACGCUGCCGAGAGAGACAAGAGACUCAAGAAGGAGGAGGAAGAAAGAAAAAGACAAGAAUUUAACCGAAGGAGUCUUCCCGUUCAGAAAAGCUUCCCGCGAAUGGUUAACGUCAAUACUAGGCAGCUACAAA